GGGAGUGUAAGUUCAGGCGAGAACAAGUGGUGAAAGGCGGGGGGAGAGAGAGAGAGAAGGAGGUUAACAGGAGCUGGCGCCCGGCUUUCCAGCCUCCGGAGUCAAAGACGUUUAAAGCCCAUCUCCGGGCCGUUCACUGCUUUGUUGCCACUGGAAUUCCUCACUCGGGAAACUGGAUUGCAGAUAAAUGGUUGUAAAGAAACAGACCAUGAAUGUGGGCACUGCUCACAGUGAAGUGAAUCCAAAUACCCGGGUUAUGAACAGCCGUGGGAUCUGGCUGUCUUAUAUCCUGGGAAUCGGCUUGCUUCAUAUCAUUCUCUUGAGCAUCCCAUUCUUCAGUGUGCCAGUGGUAUGGACACUCACUAACAUUAUUCACAAUAUGGGGAUGUACAUAUUCCUGCACACUGUAAAGGGAACACCAUUUGAAACUCCAGACCAAGGAAAGGCACGGCUGCUGACACACUGGGAGCAGAUGGAUUAUGGAGUGCAGUUUACAGCCUCACGCAAAUUCCUCACAAUCACACCUAUUAUCUUGUAUUUUCUUACCAGUUUUUACACAAAAUACGACAAGUUACAUUUUGUUAUAAAUACAGUUUCGCUGAUGAGCGUCCUCAUCCCAAAGCUGCCUCAACUUCAUGGAGUCAGAAUCUUUGGCAUCAACAAGUACUGAAUACAACAUUAUGACCAGUGUGAAAGAAAACACUUUUGGAACAACCAUCAGCAGCAAGGACACAUCAUGUUCAGAUAUUAUGACUUAUACCCCGCACUCUAUAAUCUCUUAUCAUGGACUUUUUAUUAUGAGUAGUACAUUUCUGAAUGAAGCAGCUCAUGUUGGUUGCUCAGGUAUCACAUUAAAUAUUUGCAGUGCUCGGAAUAGAAAGCCUGCUUUUUCGUUUACUGCCUAUAGAUCCUAUUCUCCCAGACAAUAUUUUUGAUGCCUUGAUUGCCAUAUUAAGUAAGGAGACUUUGGUAUUGUAGACAUUUAGUUGAUACAGUGUGUGAAUUUUGCUGUCUAUUGUGACCAAACGGAUGUAAAAGUAUCACAUGUAAAUACUGUAAUGAAAUUAGAUUUAUGAAGGUAUGCUGUUUGAUAUUUGCAGAAGAUUUGUUUUCAGUGUCACAAUGGAAGCAGUUGCUGAAGGCCAUAAUAUCAGUACAUUUAUGUGCAUGUUCCAAUAUGGCAGGAUUAGGUGUCCUUCACUAUAUUGAGGUACUUGGAAACAUGGUCUAUAUGGCUUAGUGUAGCCUCUUUGAAGAAACAGUGCUGGUCUUACUGUGCAUUUUUAAUUACUAUCUUUUGCAGAUAAUUUUUAUUUAUUUUGUUUUCUUUUCCUCUAUCUCAUAUAUGUUCAGUGUUGUGUGGGUGGAAAAAUUUACUUGGGAGAAUGUAAACACUAAUGAGGAUGUGUUUUGAAGCACAACUUAUGAAUGUUUGAUUUAAAAAGGUGUUUUUUGGAUUUUUUUUAAAGCAUAUAAAGUGUUAAAUAAUAGAUCCUGUGUGUUAAACGAGGGCAGUAAUUGAGGCUGGGCACUUAAAUUCGUCUACCCAGGACUUAUUGUAUGGAAUCUCAGAAUGUGAUUUUUUUUUUAACAUUCAAAAACAAAUCAGGAUGUUAAUUGUUGGAAUACUGCAAAACAUCAGCAAUCAUGCAAUUUUCCUGUGUUUGCCACGUUGCCUAACUUUGUUCCUUUCUUAACAAAUGUAAUUUUGGUUAUCUGUACCUGGUCUGUUGUUCUGUCAGAGUAUAUUGUAAUUUGACUGGCUGAAGAAAUGUGUUUGAAUUUCAUCUGAUUUUUAUUGGAUGGUAGCGAUGUACCUGACUUUUAUAUUUUUUUUUAUAUUCCUGCUGCACACUUGAAAUUGCUGACCUUGUACCGCUGGUCCUUGCAGUCUGCUAGGACUACAAAAAAUCAUAGCACUGAGAGUCAUGAUUUUAAGCAAUAACAUAUGAAGACAUGUACCAUAGCAAGGGAUUGAAGAUAUGUCUGCGUGAUUGAGGCCUUGGCUAUAGUGGGUAAAAUUGCUGAACUUUACUCUUAGGAAUUGGGCUUUGAAGCCAGCUCAUGCUGGUGGGAGGAAAGAACUCAAUUUAAAUUUUGAAAUCUCGGCCUCAUUCCUAAGAUUGUAAAGCUGCUUGUUUGGAGCAAUUUGGCAAAGUCCGUCGGGGUCAAGAAGUUAACUGAACUGGGAAAUGCUAUUGUAGUGAUGCAGUUGGAGUUAAAACACAUUGCUGCGACUUCAAUGAACAUCUGAUUUGUGCCAUCCCUAAUCUAGGAGUGCCUGAUGCUGGUGCAGGAUGUUUUAGGAAAUGUGAAGUAUUAUUUUUCCCAAUGGUGUUAGACAAAAAAGUUAUCAGCCACUCAACCGAUUGGUUCAGUGUGUUUACAUAGUGAAUAACUGAGCCAUAUGGGUCAGGAAGGAGGGUGAGGCCAGGAACGUGUCCUCUUUUUAAUUCCUAUCGAGUUAGCUAACUGUUGCUAGGACAGAGGUAGAGGCCCAUGAUUGGUCUAAUUGCCUCUGGCUUAUAGAGGAGAAAAUCAAUCUGUUUGUAAACAUUGUCCAACAACCAUCCUCUUUUGGAAUUGUGUGGAUGUUGGAAGAGAAGAUGAUUGAACUCUGCUGAAAUUUCCCCUUAUCACUGAACAAAUCAUUCUGAAGGCUUACAUAUGAAUAACUAGGAACAAAAACAGGAACUGGUGGAAAUAUUCAUGACUAUGCACUGGGCAUCUGGACAAGCUACUGGUCUGUUGAACUGUACACCAGCAAAGAGUUGAUGGUUUUGGUGGAAUGAUGGAGUAGAGCAAUUAGCAUGGGAAGGAGGGAACUAGAGAGCAAAUAAACCAGUUUUCAUUCCCAUCCUUAAUUCCCUGCUGAGGUACACACACAAAUAUGUUACUACUUUUCAAUUAGACCUUCAAACUGUUGAAAAAUCCUGAUUUUUAAAGAAAUCUGCCAUUUAUUUGUCUUUAAAAAGUUAUGCUUACACUGGGAAGAGUAUCCUGUGGUCAGGAGCCAACGUGGAAUUGUCUACCAGUAUAACCGAAUGAGAAGAAUACUCCAUUAUUGGCAAUAAUUGAAAGUUUACACUUUUUAAUAUUGAAAUUUAAUCAUAAUCCUCUUUCUUGCACUAUUAUUCAAUUGUAGAAGAAAUGCUAAAGUUGCACUUUUUUAAAAUGUUUACAAAUGGACACCAGUCUUCUGCAGUGGAAAGGAAGAGGAAAACAAUCGGACUACAGACUCGCAUUAAAAGUCCAGUGCAAAAUUGGACAAUGUUCCUCAAAUCAAUUGAAAUUAAAACUGAAACACAUUACUUAUCAAACAAGUUAAAACAAUUUCAGCAGUUAACCGUGUCACUGCGUUGGUCCUACAGAAGCACAAAUUACGAGUGCAGUCCUGAUUUUUUGACUAUUCCUGAAUUCUGUCUUUGGAAUUUUAUUCACAAAAUGUUACUGGACUUGAUUUGUGUCAAGUUGUCCAAAUUCACUGGAAGGGUGUGCCAGUGGAAAGGUUAACCUGCUGUAAUCAGGAAUUGUUAAACAUUUUAAAAUAUUGCUUUACUAUACUAAUCUGAUGCCUUGUACAAGAUUAAAGCCUUGAAUUUAUAGAUUUUUGAAUGCUGGUAAAUAAAGACACCAUGGAAGGCUGCUUUUUAUAGUAUUUUGAGGGGUUCUGGAUUGUCAAAAAGUAACAAAACUUUGUGAAGUACAGUAUAUUUUUUUUUUGUUUAACUUACAACUUCCACUUUCAGCUUAUAUCUUAAAUAAAUGGUCAUGGGUGAUGGGUUGGUGCUGAUGCAGUAUCAGUGCUACCCCCACCCCACCCCCAAAGUAGCAAAUGUGAGAAUUGAUGGGGUGAUGCAAGGUCAGGACAACCCAGGGUCAGAUACCUGCACUAUUUUUAUAGUGGCUGUAAGAGGUACGAAUACCAAAACUAUUUUGGUGGAAUCUGAAUUAAAUAUGUGCCAGGCUGGGCCUUUUGAAUUUUAUACCAGUCUAUCGGUUGUGAUAUUAACCAUUGAAGAAUUAUUUGCAUUGGGGACUAGUGUGUUUGUGUAUUUGAGCAUCUUGUAAAUAAGAGUUAAUUUAGCAUCUGGUUGCAAAAGGAUCCUGUAAGCCAACUGCCCUUUUGCAACCAGAUGUUUUUCAUCUAGAUCUUUGUAAGAAAGUGUGAAUAAUAUUUUUAUUACUCCUUUGUACAGUAUUCUGAUAUUUAAUAAAGAUCAGUAUUCAUGUAAA